UAUAUAUCAGCUCUCAAGCCAGAGAGGAAGAGACUAGCAGUGCAGAGAGACGUCGUCUGUGUCUGAUUUUUCCCUUUCGGCCUCUGCAUUUAAAGAAUUGCUUCCUACCAUGUCGACCUCCUUCGUGCAAGCUGAGAAGCUACAACCGACCCCUUUUGAGGUGGAAUAUUUUGACCAGUAUGAUUUUUACAACCUAACAGACAGAUACAGCACGCCAGGCGGCUCUUCCCGCAAGGGUCGUUCCAAGCGAGAGGCAGAGGAUAACACAAACCGUCCGAAUCCCGGUGGCCACGAACGGAAGAUAGUCCUGAAGCUGCAGCGCACGGAGCAGAAACGAAAAGGGACUCCAUCCAAGGAAUGAAAAUUGCAGUUCUGAGUCUGGACGCGCUACUCAGGUUCUGGAUACAAUGGCAAUGUCUAUGUGGAUACGAAGAUGGACGAACGGAUGGACGCCAAGCAAUACGGCAGUUACUUGUGUAAAGGAGGCAGAAAUUGCUGCAGACAUAAAAUGACGGCAUCAAGAAAACUGCAGCUCACUCCAAACGAGAGGGGGAGAAACUGCCAAGAUGGACUCUUCGGCCUCAAAAGGCCAACAGAAUAAUGCUUUACUGGGCUGGGAAUAGAACACCAGCCGGUUUUUAUGGAAAAACUUUACCUAGUUAAAUCAGUAGCUCUUACUAGCAUUGGGCAGGCCUUGGAAACGCCCUUGCUUUUCUCCUUGGAUGGGGAGGAGGGAGGCAGAUAUACUUAGAACUAUUAUGUGUGGAAUGAAGACAGGAGAGGAGGAGUGGCAUAGAAGUCCAAUAAAUAAUAAUAAUGUUCGAGACCUGCGCCAGUCAAGAAAGCAGACAUGAAAUGUUUAUAGAGUAGAGGAAGGCAAAUGAUGGCCUGCAGUUCACAUGUGACAUCGGGACCCCGACCACCCAGAUGUACUCCUCAACCCAAAACAAUUUCUUUGAUCUAGGGGGAAAAGCAUGUCACAGGGCAACCUGAAAGGCAGUAGGUUCUGACGCUGCAAACUCAAAUGUCUUUUUCCAUGCUAAAUAAAAAUGUUCAAUCAUU